UGUAAACGCCUUUGUGCCAACAAUCUCCUAGGUUUGAGAAUCUAGAAACGGUGAACGAGAAAUAUCUGACAAGGCAGCAGGAGCUCGGGAGCGGUCCAGGGCGUUUCUCUCCCAAUUCCGUUUACAGGGUCACUAAAGCCCCGAGCUCAGAGCCAGAGAUUCCUCUCUUAACGCAUCAACUCGGACACUCAAGGUGCCACCCCAGCCGGGACCCCAAUUUGACUCCCCUUUCUAGUCCAGCUGAGUUCCCACUUCCACGUCCUAGUUCUCCAGCGCUGGAAAUCGCUCCUACGCCUACUGCGCCGCUGUGGUUUCUGGGAACUGUAGUUCCGUGUACUCGAGCCACACGCACUUCCGGGUUCGACCAGAAGCGCAGCCAUUGUUCCGCGCGCGGACGCUCGCUCUUGCCGCGUAUCUCAACCCUUCGGAGGUUACCCCGAGCGUCCCUGUGGAUGCCGACCAAGGGAGGGGGCCGAGCCAGUUUAACCCGAGUCUGUCCUGUGCAGAGUCGCAGCAGAGGGUUGCUAAGCCGAGUUCUGCCUGCCGCAGAGCGGUGCCAGGCAUCGAGGCUGGGGCGGGCCCGAGUCGGGUCGCUAAUCCCCGGACGCCCAGACCUGGAGGAGAGCAUGGAAGAACAGGAUGAGAAGCCUCCAGGACCCCUGAAGGUCUGUGCGCAGGAAAUUAUCAUCAAGGUCGAGAGAGAAGAUGUUGCUUCCUUGGCGCCUCCAUCCCAGGAAGGAGUAAACUUAAAAAUUGUGACUGUGGACUUUACUCAAGAGGAAGAGUACAUUUUAAACCCUGCUCAGAGGACCUUGGACAGAGAUGUGAUCCUGGACAGAGAUGUGAUCCUGGAUAACCACAGAGACCUGGUCUCUUGGGGUAAGAAAUACAGUCCUCUUUGA